AUGAUAAACCACGGUUAUCAGCAAUUUAUUGUUACUCCUACUUUCGGGACCUAUCUAAAGUGCAUCGCUGCCAUGAACCCUACUACUCCGUACUACCAACCACAACAGUCUCUUUAUGCCAUCUGGGUAUUUGCUACCAUCUUGUUGGAUAAUUUCACUAUUGUAUUUGGUGGAGAUAUUCGUCUUGUGUCAAAUUUCCCCGGCAGCUACACAGAAGUGUCUAUACCCCUUGCGGAUCACAAUGAUGAUAGACUCAGUAACCCAGCUGCUUGCGACGUUGACAGAAUUCGCUUAUCGCCCAAUCCCAGAGCAACACAGGCACAUCAUCAUGUUUAUCUCAAUGUCAUACCCAAGAUCUAUGCGCUCCGCAGCUUAGUGAUGCUUAUUCCGGUGGCAGGUUCCUCCUUAAGUCCGUAG